AUGAUCUGGAUUUGCUUAAUUCUUCUGCCGCUGGCACUCGGCCAAUUUUGCCCACUUACAACCACUGUUCCUACUUCGCAAAUGAGUAAGUCAUUAUUUUUUUUCUGAUAAUAAAUCACAUUGAAGAGAGUGAAAAUAUUCAAAAGUGAGCCAUAUUUACUCAAAAUCAUCCUAAAUUCAAAUCUCAUGAAAUUACAUGGUACAGAAAUUUUAUUUUCAUUUUCGAUCAUUUUAAACUUAUAAAACUCCUCAGUAAGGAUUUCUUGUCCCGGUUUUUACAUUUAUACGAGCUACAAAUGCAAUUUUUACUUGGCCUAAAAUUCCUAUCACAUUAAAAACGCCCUUAUAGAAGCAGGCUGCGCGCAUCGAAAACUUUUCGGAAGGAAUCUGUAGCUCGAAAGUGAAUAAAAUCGUGACCCUAGCGCGGAAUAGGCUAUAACAUUUUUACAAAAAAAUGGGAAAACAAAAAUGGAAAAAAAAAGAAAUUUCUAAAAAAUGUCGUAGAUUAAAAUGUUUUUGUGCACUCCACGGUGUGUGCACAAGCUUCUCAUUUGGCGUCUUUCAAUUAAAUUAUAUUUUUAUGUAAAUUAGCGAUAGUUUAUAUAACUAUGCUUUACUUAGGAUCUUCAAUGUAGUCCCUAUAAAAGUCAGAGAAAAGAAAUAGUUUCUAUAUAGGGAUCAAAAGUUCCCACCUUUUGAAGUCAAAGACAUUUGAUAAGCUCUAUUUUUCAGCUCCAAUCUCAGUUUACCGCUCACAAAACGCUAUAACGACGACAAACACCGAUCCAAAGUACCGCAUCCUGCCGGACACAGUGGAUUUGGCGACAAUCAGCGAGAAUACAGUGGCCGACAACGCCGUCAACACCAACAUGUACCCGUACAAUACGCUGAGCAGUGCGAUCGUCAAUGGAAUCGACACGACGACAAACUACGCCAAAAUCAACGGAGAAUCGGCCUACACGAUUCCGACGACGACUUUGGGAGUCAAUUCGCAGAUUAACAAUGGCCAGUGUCCGUCGUCUUGCCUUCUGCAGUUGACCGCCUUUGAAGAUCGUGAGUGUUGUCUUUUGAAAGUUUGAAGAUUAGGGAAGUUUCCAUUUACCUCUAAAAAAGUCUCCAAAAAACUUUUCUUCAACUCCAUUAAUUCCAGCAACCUACUCUUCGAUUCUCCACGAAAGAGCUUCUUUCUAUCCGGCGCCGCCAUACCCGGCCUUCAUCCCUGCCGGUUACCGAAGGCUCUACGAGGGAAUGAACAUGACUUGUUCGCCGGUUCUCAACCGCUGUGGAGCCACCGUACCUGUCUACAGGCAUUACCGUCUCGUUCCAGGAGCUAUUCGUGAGUUUUUUCCUGAUCUUCCAAAUCUUUUUUGAUUAUUUUUGACUAGCGGAAACUUCCGGAAUUUUUUUCUCGAAAUUGAAUUAUUCAUACAGUAACCCAAUUGCAGACCACGCUUACUCGUUGCGAGACGCCACCGUCAUCCCAGGAUUCGCACGUGAGCCGGCGCCUUUGUGCUACGUCUGGGGCCAGUACAACGGCCUGGGAUGA